AUGGCAAGGAAAACUGAAACUUGGUGCAUAAUAUUCUUUUCUUCUGUGUAUGCUUGUGAAGUAGUAGAGAAUGAGGUGGCAGAAUGCUUCAAUGGCAUGAUCAAAGAAAUAAGGAAGAAGCCUCUACUCAUAAUGCUUGAGGAAAUAAGGAUUCUCCUUAUGAAAAGGUUUUUUUCAUCAAGGUCAAGAGGUAGCAAAAUGGAGGGCUUGUGGAUAGUAGUGCCAAGUGGUGGUGAUGUGUUUGAGGUUAACGGAUACAAGGUUGAUUUAGCUUCUCACACUUGCACCUACAACUUGUGGAUGUUGUUGGGCAUACCAUGUGUGCAUCGUCAAGCUGCAAUCAACUAUGUCCACAAAGAUCCAAGUCAAUUCCUGUCUUCUUGGUUCCACAAGGACAAAUAUGUUGCAAUAUACAGUCAGAACGUACAACCUGUAGGUGGAAGCAACUUGUGGCUAAUGACUGAGUUUAUUAAACCAUUACCACCCCCAGUUAGAAGGAUGCCUAGAAGACCCAAAGUAAAGAGAGUGAAACAUGCAUCUAAAUCACAAGAUGCCAAAUACCCCUCACAAAGGUUAAAGGUUCCUAGGACUAUGAGGUGUGGAAAGUGCCAACAACUUGGGCAUAAUAAGAUUUCAUGCACAAAUAAUGAGGUAAAUAAGCUCCCUGCCCCAAAAAGGAAGAUUGGAAGAUCUAGGAAAGAUGGGGGAGACCGACCUAUCUUUGACCAAUUCCCUCUAGUUGGGCCUGCUAUACCAAGAAGGGAUGUUGCUCCUCCUUCAGUUUCAGAUUCUGGUAAUCAAGUAGGUGGUCCUGCUGUUAGUCCUAUGAAAAGGACUAAGAUGAUGGCAAGGAGAGGAAGGAAAACUAAAGUUUCUAGAUCAAGGAACAAAACACCAAAGAAAACACCUAAUGGUAAGAAACAUAAGAGUCAAGCAAAGAAAGAUGUGUCCCUAACCUGUGAUGAGGAUUUUGAUGAUCUUUUUACCCAUUCACCUAAUGGUAAGCAACCUAUGAGUGAAGCAAAAAAGGAUGUUCAGGAACUAGAGAAUGAAAAUGAGGUGAAGAUGAAUGAAAGACUUACUUUAAAGGAGUCGUUGUUGUCUGGAUAUACACAUGAUGAUGCAGUGGUUUCUAUGAAAGAGGUUUGUGGAGAAGUUGAGGAAAAAGAGAUUGAAGAAAGAGAAGUUGAGGAAGAAGAAGUUGAAGAGGGAUAG